AGAAUCGCCCAGCCCCACGCAAUGCAGGGCCAGAGGUUGUGUGCGCAGCACUCGAAUAUAUCCACAGACGGUGCUGCGCGGCUUUUCUGAGUGUUACGGCGCCCUCCUCCCGCCCCCGCGCCGCGCGGGCGGGGACCCACCGGUUUUGCUCCGCUUUAGCAGCGGCGAAGGGAGGACCCCCGGGAGUCGGUCCCCGGCGUCCGGUCGCCCAGCCCUUUUCGGGCUUGGGCCCGCAUGGAGGGGACCGUGGAGUCCCAAACACCUGACCUGCGGGAUGUGGAGGGUAAGGUUGGCAGGAAGACCCCUGAAGGGCUGCUUCGCGGGCUGCGAGGCGAGUGUGAGCUGGGAACCUCUGGCGCCCUGCUGCUCCCAGGGGCGCCUAGCACCGGCCACGACUUGGGGGACAAGAUCAUGGCGCUGAAGAUGGAGCUGGCUUACCUGCGAGCCAUCGAUGUGAAGAUCCUGCAGCAGCUGGUGACCUUGAAUGAGGGCAUCGAGGCAGUGCGCUGGCUGUUGGAGGAGCGGGGGACGUUGACCAGUCAUUGCAGCAGCCUCACCAGCAGUCAAUAUAGCCUGACAGGCGGGAGCCCAGGCCGCUCAAGGCGAGGCAGCUGGGACAGCCUGCCAGACACCAGCACCACCGACCAGCUGGACAGUGUCUCUAUUGGCAGCUUCCUGGAUGCAGUGGCCCCCAGCGAGCUGGAUGAACAGGGCCCACCUGGGGCUCCACGUCCCGAGAUGGACUGGGCAAAAGUUAUAGCUGGUGGAGAGAAGGCCAGGACUGAGAUGGAUGUGGCAACCACCAGACUAGGGAGCUUGAGAGCUGUGUGGAAGCCCCCAGGGGAGAGGCUUCAAGGUGGACCACCUGAAUCACCAGAGGAUGAGAGUGCCAAGCUGGGCUUCGAGGCCCACUGGUUCUGGGAGCAGUGCCAGGAUGAUGUGACCUUCUUGUAACAACUAUUCCACCCUUUUGUAAUCCUGUGGCUCUUUUAUCCAUUAGCUGUGGUCUCCCCCAAAAUUGAUUCUCCCUCAGUCUGAGACUAGGAAGAGGCUGCACUGAAAUCAGUUACCAUGGAAACCUGGCUCAUCAUUUCUCUAGUCCCUAGGGAGUCUCUCUCUUUAUCCCUCAAUUAUUGGGUCCCUAGAGCUAGCUUGCUCUUUCUUUCUUUCUUUCUUUUUUUUUUUUUUUUUUUUUGAGACAGGGUCUUAUGCUGUUACCCAAGCUAGAGAGCAGUGGCAUGAUCACAGCUCACUGCAGCCUUGACCUCCUGGGCUCAAGCGAUCCUCCUAUUUCAGCCUCCCCCAUAGUUAGGACCACAGGCGUGCACCACCAUGCCCGGCUUAUUUUUUAAUUUUUUUUUUUUUUGUAGAGAUAGGGUUUCCCUAUGUUGCCCAGGCUGGUCUCAAACUCCUGGGCUCAAGGGAUCCUCCCACCUCAGCCUCCCAAAGUGCUGGGAUUAUGCCCAGCCCCUAGAGAUAUUUCUAUAGAGAUAUUGACUCUAAAGGAUUGACCUAUGGCUUUUGGUGUUUAGUAUCUCUCACUACUCCCCCCAGCUAAGUAAGGAUUUAAGGAAUUUAGGACUCCCUGGAGUUAACAGAUGAAGAGAUGGGGGCAUAAUUACUUCACCCAAGUCUAGAAGCCUUGGCCCCUCUCUUGGCCAAGAUGGAGGAUUGAGGAGGGACAUGGACCUUCAGGACUAACCCUCUAUGGAUUGGCCCUCCCAGAAGUGUUUGGGCUGGUAGACCCACCCCUUCCUACCUGCUGAGUGAUGUCAUUUCCUGCCAGGAUGGGUAGCCCUUUGUACGGGUCCUUGGAUGGUGGUAGGUCAUAUAGGGGUAUCUGAGCCCCUGCUGCUAAGUGAGAUCACAUUAUUUAUCAUCCAUACCAUUACUUCUUGUGAACAGGAACAUGUCACCCCUCCUGGCAGGAAAGUUUCUCAUUGUCAGAUAUUUGUGCUUCUUUUCAGAAGGUUCUCACUUUUUAAAUAGAGUGUUCUCAUUUUAUCCUAGCGGAUCUCACUUCCUUUGUGGCUCCAUCCCUGCAUCCCUGUCUGGGCCAGCACUCCUGACUGCUUUUAGGGAGAGAAGCUUUCAGGGGCCUCCAUUUAUUCCUCUCAAGUCUGUUUGGCUUGCCCUGCCAUGGUCCCCUGUCUUACCCUGUCCCUGUGUUGCCCCUAUUCCUGUAUUCCAUUUUUUUGUUUUGUUUUGUUGUUUUUUUUUUGAGAUAGGGUGACAGGGUCUCCCUCUGUUGCCCAGGCUGGAGUGCAGUAGUGCUCACUGCAGGCUCGACCUCCUGGACUCAAAUGAUCCUCCUUCCUCAGCCUCCCAAGGAGCUAAGACUACAGGCAUGCAUCACCAUGCCUGGCUAAUUUUUGUAUUUUUUUCCAGAGACAGGGUUUCACCAUGUUGCCUAGGGUGCACUUGAACUCCUGGGCUCAAGCAGUCCUUCUGCCUCAGCCUCUUACAGUACUGAGAUUACAGGCAUGAGCUGCUGUGUCUGGCCCUACUCCUGUAUUCUGACUCCAUAUCUCCCUUCCGGGAGGUUCAGCUUCUGUGUGUCCAUGCCUUUUCAGUUUCUCCAGGCCUUUUAUAUGCAGAUGAGUCCUGGCCUCCUCUGUCCUUUGUUGAUGGGAGCCAGGGAGAGAGAAGCUCAAGGUCUCAGAGCUUUGGGGGUGUACCAGAAUCUUGGAUAGGGGAGGUGUCAUCUUUUCUGACUUGGUGACUGCCCUUCCCCCACCCUGUCCCCAGCCUUCCACCAUUUGGUCACAAGGAUGCCUGCCUGAGGUCGGGACACAAGGAAUCUCCUUGUCUGGGCUGCAGCGUGGGGGUGUGGCAGGGAAAGACAGAAGCUCUUCGGUCCCUGGGCCCUGUCCUGGAAAGGGAGAGGGAGCAAGGGAAAGGCCUGUUUAUUUCCUCCCUUAGAGCAAGCCCUGACUCCUGGAACCUGAGGAGGGAGCAGAGCCUGGGUCUCUGAGCCUGGGUCCCAGAGCCCUGCCGAAUUACAAAUUAUAUCCCAGAAGGAAUUCAGGGAAGCUGCCAACCUGGGGCUCAGAGGGGACGGUCCCAGAGAGGGGGACAAGAGCUGUGCCUGGUGUCAGAGAAUGAAUUCUUAGAGAUUAACCGUUUGAACUCUGGGUAACGGCUCCAUAUGUUAGUCCCUGCCUUUCCUGGGCCUUGAAACUGGGAUACUAGAGGGAAAAAGAUGGAAAAGGGUGUCAGAUGACUUUGGCUGUUCACUGCGUCCUCCUGCAAAAGAGGCGUCCUCCUCAAAUCCUGGAA